UGUUGUGUGAUGACGCGGUGGUCAGGUGUUGCCUCAUAUAACGAGGGGAGCUGUCCCAGUGCUGAAAACAGAAGAGAACAGCACCGCUCCUGAGGAGAUGCCAUACACCUUCACUGCUGUCUGAGCUUUAUUGCCAAAGGUAAUAAAUAGCCUAUAAUGCUGCAUUUCCACCACAAGUUGCCCGCGGGGGGAGCCGUGGUCCUGCUCGCCUUCCUCCUCCAUGGAUGCGCCGUGCAGGCUGCGUCUCUCCCCCGCCACUACAGGCUCCGGGGCGGGGAGAGUGAGGGGCAGCCGGCCGCCUACCCGCCCAGCUCCGACAUGAUCAAAGCCCUGGAGUACAUUGAGAACCUGAAGCAGCGGAACGGGGGCCGACCCGAACCGGUGGAUUACGACGAGGUGGACAAGUUCAGGGUCCUGCUCCAGCUCGCCUCGCAGCAGGACGAGGCUCCCGGGGACCGUCAGCCCGCCCCCGGCGCCCAGAGGCAGGACAUUACCGCUGAGCAGCUGAUGAAAGCCCUGCUCAAGUCGCUCCAGGAUCAGGCUGGGAGGGAGGCGAAGCUCGUCCCCGCGUCCGCGUCCAGGAACGACCGCCGCACGCACAGGCACCGCACCAAAGACACCGAAGUCCCCGAGAGCGCACCGUCAGACUACGGUAACUUCCCCAGACCACACAAGAAAUACCCGCUGAUGUUCGAGGACGAGGAGAACACGGACGCUUCCAAGCGGGCCACGGAGGACCUGGACGAGCAGUACACCCCCCAGAGCCUCGCCAACUUGCGCUCCAUCUUCGAAGAGCUCGGAAGGAUGCCCACCCUCGGCGGCCAGAAGAGAGACGUGUUCGGGGACGACGAGGAGGAGGAGGACGGCGGCCUGAGGAACCAGGCCUACGAGGAUGUCGCCGGAGGGGAGGAGUGGGUCCCCGUGGAGGAGAGGGAGGAGACGGAGGAGAUGGUGAACGGCAGCCACGAAGAAAUGGAGAGGGCGCUGGGCGAGCAGGAGGAGGCGGAGAGGGAGGAGAUGCAGCGCAGGGCGAACCAGAACCAAGAGGACGCCGACGACGACACCAAGCUGGUCGAUUACUACCUGUUGAAGGUGCUGGAGAUGAGCGACCAGACGCAGAAGAGGGACAAGACCGGAGAGCAGAGGAAGAGACUGAUCCGCCCCUCCAUCCUGGACCCCCGGACGGUGAAGGAGUUGCUGGAGCUCUCCCUGAAGCUCCACGUCCCCCCGCAGGACCUUAUCGACAUGCUGCUCACGGAGGAGCUCAGGAAGCUCCACCGCGACCCCCACGGCUCCGCUCGCUACACGACCGGCCAGGCGCCCAAGAUCAGGUACUUCAGCCGCAGACUGCCGGUGAAGAGCAAGCCCGCCCCUGAAGACAUGGACAGAGAGGACUUUUUGGACAUCAUCGGCGUGGAGACUAUCAGUAACGAGUACCCUAUCCUGCAGAGACCCAUGAAGACCUCCCCGUCCUCGGACAGAGUCCCAUCCGCGUCCAACCCCGCUGUGAGUUCAGGUCCCAUUAAAAUCCCUCCUCCCUCCGGGCGCAGGGAGAACCUCUUUUUAUCCGAGCUCAACAAAAUGCCCCUGAAACGUCAGUCCGACGGUGCUGCCGCUGCUGACGACGACGAAGACGACGACGGCGGCGACGUGGAGGACGAGGUGACCACCUACCUGGCGGCCAAAAUCCUCACAGAGUACCCCAACACCAUCACCAAGCGGGACACCCAGGCGCAGCUGAAGGGGCAGUUCCCCUACGAGCUGUACGAGCGCGCCCUGAAGGACUACCUGGGCCAGGCGGACACUGAAAAGAGGCCAGUGGCCAAGAGGGAGACCGAGGUGGCCACCGAGGAGAGAGUCCAGCCCACGGAGGUGCAGGGGAAGGAGGAGAUCACGGCCAAGACCUCGGCCCCACAGACCGCGGAGGAGGACGAGGAGAAGGAGCACCGUGAAAAGGCGGCGGCCGGGAUGUAGCCUGGCGCCGCGCAAAAAGACGCACGAAGUCAUGAAUAUAGUAUUUAUACUGUCUCGAAAAAAAAUAAAUAAAAGUUUGGUGGACGUGAUCUAGUUUACAAAAAUUUCUAUUAUAUGAACUAUAGCUGGCAUUAGCCUACAGAUAUCACCCUAAAGAUACAUUUUUUUUUCAAAGAAAUAGUCCCUACUUGCUGCAAGAACAUUAUAGAAUUAUUACUGUAGAGUCAUCGUAGGAGAUUUCAAAAGGUUGCACAGGCGAGAGAAGAAAAAAAAAUAUUAAGAGAGGCAUCCUCAAAACACUUUCUCACUCUCAAAUUGCCAAUUAAACACAUAGGAGAUAGGAGACGAGAACAAAGGUGAGAUCAGAGUUGAAGUUUCUGUGACAGGUUUGUUUACAUGGAUGGUGUUUGUACAAAAAAAAACUGCAGGAAAAAAAAACAGGCCUUUAUUUUCAACUAUAAGCAACUGAGUAAUGGUAUAAAUGCUUGUUGUUUUUCUUUCCAUCUAUGUCAGACUACUCAAUUACACAUGUGAAUAUGUAUGUGAAUUAUAAACUAUAAUGCUGCCUGGGCCUCUAAAAACACAAGCGUACCACAGUAUAAAGUCAGGCAGUGUGCUGGGCUGAGAACGAGUUUUGUUGUGACUCUUGAUAUAUUCAGGGUAAGUGGAUUUAAUGUUAUUAUGAUUAUUGUUAUUAUUACGGAGAAUUAUUUCCGAGUCUAAAUAUAUCAGACCGUCGCCUGCCUUCCGACCCUUUCAUACUGCGAAGCUCUGUAUUGUUGGCCUACCAGUGGUUGUGCUAUGUAUGCUCAUUUUUAAACCAUUUUGUACAUGUUCAAUAACGUGUGAUGAAUCACAGAUGAAUAAAGCAUCAGCUGUAUUAUUUUU